AUUUGUAAUUUGUAAACAAACAGACGACAGAGUAACGUCUUUCUUUAAAUCUCAAACUUUGAUAGAUUAAUGUAAUUGAUUGUUUUGUUGAUUAUAUUCAGUAUUUUUAUCUAUGUCUGGUGUUAAAAUAUGUUUUUGAACAAUCAAGUUUAAUGGUGCAAUAACAAUAUUAUUGUCUGAAUUAACUGUCACUGAUGGAAGUCAGUGAUCCCGAAAGCGAAGUGAAAGUGCAGAAAGUUUAGAAAAGUUUGUUCCAUGCUGCAGCUGCACUUUAUUUCAAUAUAAGAGAAACUAAAGAAGAAGUUGAUUACCUUCAGCGAAAUUGGGUAAAAAAAUCAUGUGUCUUGUCACAACCGAGAAGGAAAGUGUGCCAAUUUAUAAGUUUCGAAGAGUAGAGUCGACGAAGUAGGACCGGACAGAGCAUGCGCAGAAUGGCUGAUGCGAAACGGUGCGCUGGUCAAGUGGCAAGGAUACAAGUCUUACAUCACUCACUACAACGGACUGCCGCUCGAUCCUGAGGAUAAAGGUGUCUAUCACAUUGAGGAGGUCGACGGCACCAAUGCUGCCAUCUCGCAACAUGGGUUUCCACAUUUCGCUGGAUGCAACCACGUGAAGAAGAUAAAGUUGGUAAAUGCAAUCUACAUUGAUGACUCAGCACUUUGUCAAUUGAAUUUGCUCAGCAAAAGUUUGGUUGAAAUGGAAAUCAGCGAGUGCCCGGAAGUAACCUUCAAAGGUCUCAAAUGUUUGACUGAAUUGCA